AGGCUUGGUAGCACCAUUUUUCCACGGCAUAAUGAGUGAGGUACACCAGUGUCUGAAGGGGCAAAAAUUGUGCAGACUAGGCUAUCACAAUUUUCCAUGUUUCUUUUCUUAAUUUUUAUUCACCAAUGAGGUAAUUUUCUUGCGUAUAAACAUUCAAUGAAAAUUUCCUCUGAGAUCAUCAUCUUCGAUUGGAAAAAAAAAAUUUGUUCCACUUGAAAAUUGCGAUCCUGGAUUUUUCCCAGUCUCUGAUUUCAGAAAACCCUACCGGGCCAAUUAGAAAACCCUAGAUUCAUCCCCCAUUUUUGGAAGAAAGGGAGAGUUUUUCUCGGGGCCCAUUUUCUGAUUUCAGUGUAAUACAACUGGGUUUCAGUUGAUUUUUCAGGAAGCACAAGUUCCAUUUGGUUCCGCUCUUUUUGUUAAUUUGGGGCGGUGAAUACCCAGAAAGAGAAAUCAAUAUUGUUUUAUUGUUAUUGAUUUUGUUUCUCUGCCAUUGUUGAGUUGGGACUGGGAUUGGUGAAGUGGAAUGUGCGAUCUAAUAGAAGGGUGAGGAAUGAGAGGGGCAUAAAUGUCUGGUCAAGUGGGUAUUGGAAUUCGUUCUGGAAGUUAUGGGUCUUUGGAUAAACAUAUACAGAACGGAACUGCACGCAAGCCUUCAAAGAUGCUUAAGGAGAAGGAAAAGGAGAGGUUGUUCCUUUGGAUCUGCAAGUUUGCUGGCCGCAAGAAGGUCGGAAUGCUCUUCCUCUGUCUAAUCUCUGCUGCAGUUUUCAUCUGGGUUUUAUAUGUUGGAAAAGGUGAAGAUUCUCAGGAAGGAAACACUGUGAGCAUUAGUGUUAAUGAAAGUCUCUCUAUAAGCGAUUCUCCAUCUGAGAUCUCUACUACAAAUGCCAUUGGCUUGACUACAAAUUUUGCAUUACCCCCUCCAGCCCCUAGCUAUUUUUUGGGCUACCAUCUUCCUCAAGGGCAUCCCUGUAAUAGCUUCACACUCCCUCCCCCGCCGGCUGAUAAAAAGCGAACUGGGCCACGUCCAUGCCCAGUAUGUUACCUUCCUGUGGAAGAAGCCAUUGGACUGAUGCCAACUUUUCCCUCACCUUCACCGAUCAUUAAGAAUUUAACAUAUAUCUAUGAAGAAAAUUUAAGUAGAGAUGGAGAAUUUGGUGGUUCGGACUUUGGUGGAUAUCCUACUUUGACGCAGCGAAAUGAUUCUUUUGAUAUACAAGAGUCAAUGAGCGUGCACUGUGGAUUUGUAAGAGGAAUUAAACCUGGCCACAACACAGGAUUUGACAUUGAUGAAGCUGACCUUCUUGAAAUGGAACAGUGUAAUGGAGUGGUUGUUGCGUCAGCCAUAUUUGGAAACUUUGAUGAGAUAAAUGAGCCAAAAAAUGUAAGUGAUCAUUCGAGGACGACUGUAUGCUUCCUGAUGUUUGUAGAUGAAGACACAGAAAAGUAUUUGACUAGUUCUGGCAAACUGGGAAUCAGCAAGAAGAUUGGCUUGUGGAGAAUUAUUGUUGCUCGUAAUCUUCCUUACACAGAUGCAAGACGUACAGGAAAGAUUCCAAAGCUUCUGUUGCAUAGAUUGGUUCCUAAUGCUCGCUAUUCGAUAUGGCUUGAUGGAAAGCUUGAACUUGUUGUGGAUCCAUAUCAAAUUCUUGAAAGGUUUUUGUGGAGGAAGAAUGCAACUUUUGCAAUAUCAAAGCAUUAUAGACGUUUUGAUGUAUUUGUUGAGGCUGAGGCAAAUAAAGCUGCUGGAAAGUAUGAUAAUGCCUCUAUUGACUUUCAGAUUGAGUUUUACAAGAAAGAGGGAUUGACCCCAUAUACAGAGGCCAAGCUUCCUCUGAUAAGUGAUGUUCCUGAAGGGUGCGUGAUAGUACGAGAGCACGUUCUUAUUAGCAACCUCUUCACUUGUCUUUGGUUCAAUGAAGUUGACCGAUUUACUUCAAGGGACCAGAUUAGUUUCUCAACAGUCAGGGACAAAAUUUUGUCAAGGGUAGAUUUUCGUUUUAACAUGUUCUUGGACUGUGAAAGACGCAACUUUGUUGUUCAGAAAUACCACAGGGAUCUGUUGCUGCGACUGACUCCGCCGAUGGUCAAUGCUGACAUUUCUCCACCACCUCCAUCUCCCCCUCCUCCAUUGCCUCUGCUGGAAACAUCACCUGAAAAGGUUGUAACCUCAUCCAUCAGAAAAGGCCCUGGAAGGCGUGGAAGAGAUAGAAGAUCUGGUUCUAGGCGCCACCGCAAAGUUGUUGCUGGAAGUAGGGAGAUGGAACCAAGUUGAAAGUUUUGUUGGGGUGAUUAUACUAUCAUUAAUUUUUUAAAAUUCCACCUACACAAUAUCAUUCGUUGCAGAGCUGGAGGGAAAAUGUGCAAGAUGAGUGUUGUAUUGUUCCCACAUAGAGGCUCUCAUUCUUUUUACUUCGUUCAAUUGUCAAUUUUUGUUAAUUUUUUGCUGUAUAUAUAGUAAAAUUUUCAAUAAUUAUCAUAUGGGUUGCCACAAAAUUCCUCACGUGGUAACCCGUUUUGCUUUCCACUAUCAUAGAAAAAGUGUACUUCAUCUGUUAUACAUGAAAGAUAUAUUCAUGACUUGUUCCUCUUAGUUUGUGUUGAUGAUUUAUUUUAUAUCUCAUCAAGGCUGGUGCUGAAUUUAGGAACAUAGUAAUGGAAAGGGUUCUAUAUUUAUCU